AAUGAAUUGCUGCGAUUGCACACUGCGCAUGAAAUGGCACCUUAACCGAAUUAACGAAUCGCAUGUCCAAUUAAAGCCCAUAUCGCUGCGUAUUAAACUAUUAAAUGCGUGAUUGGUCGAUAUUUUUUACAUGUGUGUGUAACUUACUCCAUUCAUAUCUACAUUUUUAUUUUUUUAUGUUUACGCAAAUCAGAAUUGACCGAAUUAAACCUGAAAUCUGAAAUAUCGGACCAUAACCUGCAAUCUGAUGUGUAUCUUUGGAUAAGGAGUAACAGUGAAAGAAAAUCAUAGAAUCCAUAUCCAGAUAAUAGAAAGAAAGCAAUAUAAUUUUGCGAGCAAAUAGAUCUAAAAAGUUGAAAACGGAUACAACAACAGGAGGCGUCAUAUAACGUCGUGGAGAGGUUGAAGGCGCAAAGCCACCAACCGGUGGAACAACACACCCCCGUACAUCUUCGGUCCUUCUUAUGUUAAAUUAGCUGAUAAUAUAUAUAGAUUUAGAAGAACAAUUGUGAGAUCGACGUAUUAACAAUGACAUCGCUUCUAAAGACGAUUAAUGGACUUCAACUUUUUCACAAGUGCUUGAAACAAAGUAUCGAUAUGAUAUCUAUCCCAAAACGGGAAAAAUAUCUAAUUAAACCUAGAUACCGUCAUCCAGAGUGGCUUCCAAAAACGCAACGUGUUUUGUACAAUGAAAAUCUAACAGAAAAUAAUAAGCAGUUUCUUGACGAAGUGGUUCAGGACAAAUAUGGGCCGUCCACCACCGAAACGAAACUUUCUCCUUUGAAAAUAGAUCCAAUCGAGCCUACUGUAGAGUGGAAGAAAGGUAUGAAACGUACUGGUUUAAUCGCCAAGAAAAUAGGGGUUUAUCCAUUAUGGUUGAAAGAUGGAAACAGGGUCGCUUCAACGUUACUUCAGAUUGUUGAUAACGAAGUAGUAAAAUACAUACCACCGGAUCAAUUUUAUCCAAUAAAAAGCCGUAGAGCUCCAAUACAAAUCAAAAACAGACGCGGAUGUCUUGUAGUAGGGGCAGAAAAUAUAAAUCCGCAAUUGAUUACUAAAGAAUAUUACGGUAUUUUUAAUGAUACUGGAGUUAUGCCGAAACGUAUAUUAAGAAGAUUCAUAGUAUCUCCAGAAGCAGCAUUGCAGCCAGGAACUCCUUUAUAUGCCCUACAUUUUAAACCGGGAGAAGUCGUCGAUAUUCGCGGAAAAACGAUUGAUCGUGGCUUUCAAGGUGUUAUGAAACGGUGGGGUUUUAAAGGGAUGCCUGCCACUCACGGUGUGACCAAAACUCACAGAAGACCCGGAAAUAUUGGGUCAGGUGGCACAAAGGCCCGAGUUAUGCCUGGCACUAAAAUGCCUGGGCACAUGGGUAAUAGGUGGCGUAUUCUUAAAGGUGUUCGGAUCCUACGAAUAAAUACGAAGUAUAAUGUGAUUUGGGUUCUGGGGCACAAUAUACCUGGCGAAACCAAUAGUUAUUGUUACAUAUAUGAUACAUUGCUUCCGCUGAAGCAACCUACAACAGCGCCACAUUUCCCUACAUAUUUACCAAGUAUCACCGAGGAAUCGCUUCCAGAGGAACUGUAUGCAGAUGACGUGCAUCCGUUUACAGAUCCCACGAUAGAAUUUAAAGAAGAAUCUUAAUUAUACAUCUGUACAAUAAUAAAUUAAAAUAAUAAUGUAGAAUUGCAGAAUCA